AUUAGGAAAUUUCCUAAUCGGGAAAAGCUCCAGCACGCCAAGUCAACAAAUUCAUGGAGAAAACGGACCCCCCUAAUGGUGGUCUCGAACUUUAUAUGGUCCCAUCUGCUCCGUACCUUGCAGAAGGAUAGACCACACUACUCAUCACCAUGGCUGGACCGCUCUCACCACUCUCUCUGCGGAAAUUUUCCGAUCACAUCCGCGUCUUGGAUCCGCAACCCGACAAGGAGCAAACCAACCCCAAUGCGCCCACGACCGUCGUCCUAUUCACAUGGGCCGAUGCGUCCCCGCGCCUCGUCCAGAAGUACGUGCAGGGCUAUCAUGACCUGUACCCAUCUGCCAAGCUAAUCACCGUCACGGCACGGACCAUGGCGACGUUCUUCGGCGGCCAGGAAGCCGCCAAGGCCUUGGUCAAGGACAUGGUGUCACAAGAGCUCUACAACGACGGCAACACCGAGACCAUCCACUCGUAUUCGUCCGCAGUCGACGGGUCCAAAGAAGAAGGAGACUCUCUCUCCGCAAGAAACACCCAAAAACAGCCCCGGAUUCUCAUGCACGCCUUCUCCAACAGCGGCGGCCUCAACCUCGAGGCCGUCUCCUCCACAUGGCACGCCAUGCAGGACGCCUCCGGCAACAAACCAGGGCCAAUCCCCCUCCACGGCCUAAUCCUGGACUCCACUCCCGGCGGGGCCUCCUUCCGCCGCGAAUUCCCGCGCUGGGUCGCCGGCAUCGCCAUCGGGUUCGCCUUCCUGCCCAAGCCGCUCGCCAAACUCACCGCCGCGGCCGUCGUCGUCCUGCUCAUGGGUCUGCCCGCCCUUCUCGGCCUGGAAGGCCUCUCCGCGCGAGGCCGCCGCGUCGUCAACUCCCCAGACCGCAUCCCCACCAACAGCGCAAGGCUCUACAUCUACUCCGACUCCGACCCGCUCAUCGGCCACCUCGAUGUCGAGGAGCAUGCCCGCGAGGCCUCUGAAGUCCAGGGCUACAGAAAGGUCGUCCUCGAGAAGUUCAGCGGCUCGGGACAUGUGGCGCAUCUGCGCCACGAUCCGCAGAGGUACUGGGGGGCGGUUUCCAAGUUCUGGGAUUCGUGCUGCUCUUCCUCGUAG